CCCCAGAUAAAAACAGCACCGAACCAGAGAACCAGCCCGAGAUCUCCCCCUCUCUCUCUCUCUCUCUCUCUCUCUAUCACUGGGUGUCUCUGGUAAGUUGUCGGCGAGAAGGGGAGAGGCAAUGGGGAAGCCAAUGGCGGUGCUGGCCGUCGCCGUCCUGAUGGCGUCGCUUUGCUCUCCGGCGAGAUCGGACGGUUCCGAUCACCGGUACAAGGACGGAGACCCGGUCCCUCUCUACGCCAACAAGGUCGGGCCGUUUCACAAUCCCAGUGAAACUUACCGCUAUUUCGAUCUUCCAUUCUGCAUUCCAGCUCAUUUGAAAGAGAAAAAGGAGGCCCUUGGUGAAGUACUAAAUGGGGAUCGCCUUGUCAGUGCACCCUACAAGCUAGACUUCAUGAAGGAUAAGGAGUCUGAGGUCAUUUGCAAGAAAAAACUCUCGAAAGAAGAAGUGGCCCAAUUCAGAUCUGCGGUCAUUAAGGACUAUUACUUUCAGAUGUAUUAUGAUGACUUGCCUAUCUGGGGUUUCAUAGGGAAAGUUGACAAGGAAGGCAAAGAUCCCAGCGAGUACAAGUACUUCUUGUACAAGCAUAUUCAUUUUGACAUCUUUUACAACAAGGACCGUGUUAUCGAGAUCAAUGUCCGUACAGACCCUAAUGCCCUUGUAGAUCUUACAGAGGAUAAACAAACUCAGGUUGAAUUCAUGUAUACGGUCAAGUGGAAAGAGACCAAUACUCCUUUUGACAAGAGGAUGGAUAAGUACUCGCAGUCAUCUUCUUUACCUCAUCAUCUAGAGAUACACUGGUUUUCGAUUAUAAAUUCAUGCGUGACUGUGCUUCUGUUGACUGGAUUUCUUGCCACAAUACUCAUGCGAGUUCUCAAGAAUGAUUUCGUCAAAUAUGCCCACGAUGAAGAAUCAGUUGAAGAUGCUGAGGAGACUGGAUGGAAAUACAUUCAUGGAGAUGUAUUCAGGUACCCGAGGUUCCAGUCUCUGUUUGCAGCUGCACUUGGUUCUGGUACCCAGCUGUUUACUCUCACGGUGUUCAUCUUUAUACUGGCAUUAGUCGGUGUAUUUUAUCCUUACAACCGAGGGGCUCUGUUUACUGCACUGGUUGUCAUUUAUGCACUGACGUCUGGAAUUGCUGGCUACACUUCUACCUCAUUUUAUUGUCAGCUGGAAGGAACUAACUGGGUCAGGAACCUAUUGUUGACUGGAUGCCUUUUCUGCGGGCCUCUUUUCCUCACAUUCUGCUUCUUAAACACUGUUGCAAUUGUUUACACAGCAACAGCUGCUCUUCCAUUUGGCACCAUUGUGGUGAUAGUCCUCAUAUGGACACUUGUGACGUCGCCUUUGCUGGUAUUAGGUGGGAUCGCUGGGAAGAACAGCAAAGCUGAGUUCCAGGCUCCUUGUCGCACCACCAAAUAUCCCAGAGAGAUUCCACCAUUGCCAUGGUAUAGGGGGACGAUUCCUCAGAUGGCAAUGGCAGGAUUCUUACCAUUCAGUGCCAUAUACAUUGAACUUUAUUAUAUCUUUGCCAGUGUUUGGGGUCAUAGGAUCUACACUAUAUACAGCAUCUUGUUCAUCGUCUUUAUUAUUCUCCUGAUAGUCACUGCUUUCAUCACUGUGGCAUUGACGUACUUCCAACUUGCUGCUGAAGACCAUGAAUGGUGGUGGAGAUCUUUUCUCUGCGGUGGAUCGACCGGCUUAUUUAUCUAUGCCUAUUGCCUCUACUACUAUUAUGCCAGAUCCGACAUGUCUGGCUUCAUGCAAACUUCGUUCUUCUUCGGCUACAUGGCGUGCAUCUGCUAUGGAUUCUUCCUCAUGCUGGGAAUGGUAGGUUUCCGUGCGGCUUUGCUUUUCGUGCGCCACAUAUACCGCUCCAUCAAGUGCGAGUAGAGGCAGCCGCUUCAUCACCAGAUCGUUGAGGACGCGAUUCCUUUUCCAUGCGUAGGUGCAACGUAGAGAGAAUUUCCUUACCCUAAUUUUGUAGCGCCUGUAUGUCUCAAAAGUCAAAGCAACAAGCAGGUUCCCUUUUCUAAAUUUUGCAUCAAAGAGAGACUGUUCCUAGAAUAUUGUGUGCUUACUUUACUGCUCACAAAAUUGAGUUUGUAUAAUUUCUUUCACUAGCAAAACUAUGCGAUACACACAUUUUUUCA